AUGCAGCGCUAUCAAAUGACGACCAUCCGAUGCUGGCACGGUGCCAUUGCCCAAAAGUCAUAUGGAAUUGAGAAGCGGUAUCUCUGCCCACCACCCAUGGUCCAGGUCUCUGCAGGCAUGAAUGCAAAGCACAUCCGCACCGAACAGCCUCAUGUGACCAUGUCGAUUCUGCACGAGAAGCUGAGCAGUGGACACCAGAGCCAAAGCGGCAGUGAAAACUUGAUGGAGCAGGACUGCACCUUGGACGAUACCCUGAAGUGCUCGUUCAGGAAUCUCCAUGUCACCGGUACGGGAACCGACAGCUCUAAGCGCUUCAAGCUGGGACUCAAGGUCUUUUUGAAUAAGAAUGUGAGCAUCCCUACCGCGCUGAUGGAUUCAAAUCCGAUCCCAAUCAUCUCGAAGCCAUCAAAGAAGACAGCCAAGGCUGGCAACGCCUCAUGCUUCAUUCUCAAUGGCAUGAGUGUCUCUCUGCUGAACCGCAUCAAUGCACAGACGGUGCGGACAAAAUAUAUGGCUGUGAGCAACAAUGAGGUCUGCGCCAAGAUCGGUUCGUGGUCCUCGUUCACGAUCAAGAUGGUGAAGCCCCCACCAGCACCUCCACCUACCUAUGUCUUUUCAAACUCGGAACCUGUCCUCUAUGGGUCUGAGAUCAUUCUCAUCAACGACCUAACGGGCGUCACCACGGACCGUUUGAUCAUUCGCAAGGUCGAGAAUGGAAAGGUCAUCCGCAACGGAACGGGUCCAGUGAGUCAGAUGCAAAAGAUUGUAUUGCAG